AUGGGCCUCAUUUUCUCCCAAGUGCAUCAAACGCCCUCAGGUUCCCAAGAAGGAAAAUCACACCUGCACCUCGAUUCACCCUUACCCUCUGAUUUUUCCCAAGAAAAAGUCUUCGCCGUGCUAGCCGACUAUCUCAGUCCCGAAAGCCCACUGCCGCUAGAUCUGGCGGUGGAAUCGCUCUUGAAACUCUUACCGGCCAACGGUCCGGAUUCGCAAGAGCUUUGUAGAUUCGGAGAAGAUUGCUUCGAGAUCGCCGAGAUAAGCUCGUACAAGACCUCGGCGCACUCCAGACUGGCGCAGUUGCUUGAGGCUUUGGGGUUAUCGAGUCAAUUUACUUGGGUUACGCGCGAGAACGGCCGAGUCUGGCGCUUCGAACCAUUACGCAUUUCAAUGCACAAUUCCUAUAAAGGCCCCAAUCGAUCCAACCCAACCCACUACAUAAACUACAACUCCUUCCUCGCCCACCUGUACUCGCACCGCAUCUUCCCCACCGACCCGACAUACGCCCUGUGGGCCAUGCGCGCCGCCUUCGAAGACGACAGAAACUCGGAGCCCGCGGCGCUGCGUAGCGCCUGGGUCCUGGGCGCAGCACAGUGGAUCCUCUGGAACGGCCAGGGUCUGUUUCAACUUGUCAUGGAGCCUGCGCUGUUCGAUGUCACGCUGGAGACGUGGCCGGCUUUGAGGCGGGAGCAGGCCUGGGGGGUGGGGAGGCGGUAUGAAGGACGAGGGGAGGGGGGGCUUUCGUUGGAGAGGUGGAGGUUUUGGAGGGGAGGGUUCGGGCAGGUUGAGACUGGAGUUGGAGAUGGACUUGGGGAUGUCAAUGCGGAUGCAGAUGGAGAUGGAGGGAAUGAUGGAUUCAGUGAGGAGUGUAGAGUUGUGGCGGGGAGGGCGAGGGAGUUGAUGGAGGCGUUGGAGAGGAAUAUGAGGUUCUAG